AUGUCAAUUGAAACAACCACUCAAAAAUCACAAGAGGUUAACAAACUUCAGGCCCAAACUCAAAGUUUAAAGAUUGAAGUUGAUGUCUCCAAUAGAGUCGGAGGUGGAUAUUCAAAUAACUUUAUUGAUAAGUUACCUCAAAAUGCUAGAGAUAGAUUUGAAAGACAUGGUGUUGAUUUAAGUAAAGGGUAUCCAGAAAAACCACCAUCUGAACAAAUCCCAUUAUACGUUGAUGAUGCUCAAAAGAUUAGAGAUAAACCAGUUGAUUAUAUUCCAAGAGGUAAAAAUGCUGAUCCAGAGAAGAAAGCACUAUUCAGUAAAGUCAAACAAGUGAAACAUUUAACAAAACAUAUUGGUACUGAAUUGAUUGGUGUUCAAUUAGCUGAUUUAAAUGAACAAGAAUUGGAAGAAUUAGGAUUAUUAAUUGCUGAAAGGGUUGUUGUUUUCUUUAGAGAUCAAGAUCUUUCACCACAAAGACAAUUACAAAUUGGUGAGUUUUUUGGACAAGUUGAACAUCAUCCUCAACAAAAUCAUGUUCCUGGAUUACCAGGUACAACUGUUAUUUGGAAUGAAUUAGCUAAACAAAAAAUUACUUUCAAGACUGCAAAAUCUGGGACUGGUAGAUGGCAUUCAGAUUUACCUCAUGAAAGACAACCACCAGGUGUUACUAUUUUACACAAUGAUACAAUCCCUUCCGUUGGUGGUGAUACUUUUUGGUCUUCAGGUUAUGCAGCUUAUGAUAAAUUAUCACCAGAAUUUCAAAAAUUUUUGGAAGGUAAAGUUGUGGUUCAAAGAUCAAUGCAUACUUAUCUUGAUCGUGAUGAUCCAUUGAAUGGUGGUAAGCAAAUCACUAGAGAGACACCUUUGGUUAGAACUCAUCCAGUUACAGGUUGGAAAUCAUUAUACGUGAAUCGUGGUUGGUCUGUAAGUAUCAAAGGAUUAGAACCUGAUGAAUCAAAAUUAAUCUUGAAUUAUUUAUUUGAUGUUUAUGAAAAAAAUUUAGAUAUUCAAGUUAGAUUUAAUUGGAAACCAAAUGAUCCAAAACUCGGCUCAACUGCACUUUGGGAUAAUAGAGUUAGUCAACAUGCAGCAGUUUGGGAUUAUAUUGAUGAUAAUGAACCAAGACAUGGUACUAGAGUUAGUGCAUUAGCUGAAGUUCCAUAUUUUGAUCCAAAUUCUAAAUCACAAAGAGAAGCUUUAGGACUUGCUAAUUAG